UUUUAUCUCAAGGACGCACGCUACACAGCAGGAUCUGCCAGACUAAUCUCAUUCCCGAAGCACUCGUGUCUCGCAGGCAAAUAUAGGACGCUUCUUGCAAGAAGUUCACUCGAUCCUCACAAAACUACACUCUUCCUUCUUUUGCAUCUCGCGCUUUCGAUCGCAUCCCAUCUGGGAAGUAAAAUCUAUUGCGUGCACAAGGAGAGCUAUCAGUCGCGUAUCCCCUGACGCCAAGCGUAACUCCUCUUCUCAGCCCACAAGGCGAUCGAGCGCCCUUCUCAAACAAGGUAAAUUUGAAAACCUGGUUUCGCUUGUCAAACCGUGGGAAACGAGUCUUUGUAGUCGUAUAUAUAUAUAUGCCCGACACUCGUAUUCGAAAUCUUCCCCUUUCCAUAAUCUCAAGUCGACGAAAUUGAAGCAUCGCGAACCGCCUCAUGUUCGUCAGUCACCCAUCACUGACUGCGAGAUCGCCUUCUAGUUUCAAGAUGCCGCUGCUAAUCGAUGGCCUCCCAACGUCCGCAAUGGGCACGAUUUCUCCGCUACGGUCAAAUCUAGAGGACAUGAUUGGAUCUUGCAGAGCGCUGAAUAAGCACAUUGCCAUGAUGAAUGAAGACAAGGAAACUUUUGGUCUUUUGACUGAAGAGACUUAUUGUUACGAUGCACCGGAAGUUCUUACUCAACUCACUAAGAUAACACGAACGGCAGCGCUGUGCAUACGAGAUCUGAACUUGGAUGAUGAGGCAUUUGAGACUGAUGAACCGCAGCUCGCACUGGUUCUGUACAACUUCAUCUCCGAACACAAGAGGAUAUUAAACCAGCUUACUGCGCUCGGAACCAUAAUGAAGUCCACUGGAAGCCUGUACGGUGCGCUCGGGGGUGCCUUGCACAGGCAAGAGCACGUUGUUAGCCGAUUUCGAGAAGUGCUUGACGCCAGAUACAUUUCCACGAAGACCCUUUCCGCUCCAGACUGGGUCGAGCAAGUCGAGGCUAUGCGCCUAUGCCUUGAGGCGUAUCCUGCCCCAGUAGAGGAAGAUUACAACAUGUCCGGAGUGCCUGAAUCUGUUUGAUUACGAAAUUUUUUGAACACUUUUUUCUCGCUUUGUUUUGAUAUUGGAACUGAGCUCAACUAGGUCUCACUGGUGUAUCGACUUAGACGCGGAGCAUGACAUGAGGCCAAUGAUGAUAAAGCCUUACUUCUCUGUAACGAGGGACGAGCAAAUGGAUCUGUCUAUACUUUUAAAUGUACAAAUUCUGCAGAGAAACGAUAUGAAAUUCUGAACCAAUGAUAACUGCACCGGGAGGAUCGCCACGUUCCAGGCCGCACACGUGUCUUAUCAUCAUCAGUCGUCUCGGCAUCUCUUAUCCAGAUCCAAUUUUUUCUCAGCAUUUCCUGACUUAAUCGAG